AUGGAAGACUCCAACUUCAGUCUCCAAGCAGAGACUCAGCAGCUGAGAGAACAAUACAAUGCGCAAAUGCGCAUGGACAGUCCGUCUCCCCGGCUUCAGUUUGAGUAUGCGUGCCUUCUAUCCUGUUCGCCAAGCCGCGAGGAAGUCCGAGAGUCUCUGGAGCUCUUUGACGAACUUUUAGACAUUGGUUUCAACAGGUCCGACUGUCUCUUUCAGAUUUCUUUGGCCCACCUUAAACUAGGAGAGUACAAUCUGGCGAAACGCAGAGUUGAAACACUUCUGCGCUUGGAACCGCGGAAUUUAUCUGCCUUGUCGUUGCACAGCCUUAUCAUAGACCGGGCUUCCCACGGUAAGCGGCUGUGUGUGGUAUCUCCUGCGGUCGUGGACGUUAUCAAAGUAGACGGCGACCGGGAUGGCGGCUACAUUCGAUGGUGGGAACUGUGCUCUUCGUCGGCGCCGCCUGCAGCGUCGAGUUAG